AAAAAAAAACAAAGUCGAGAGCAAACCGGCGACUUGAGUUGACAAAGUUACUUGGGAAAAAAAAAAAAAAAAAAAGCUCCAGUGCGGUUCUCUGUUUUUGUUUUGAUUAAAUGUGACGUUUGUUUGCUUGGCCCGGAUUUAAAGGAGAAACUCGGCGGCCCCUUUUUUGGAGCGUCUACCACCGGUGGUUAGCUUCGUUAGCUUAGCCCGCUAGCCGUCACGUCUGUUUCCUCCCCGGGAAUGCGCGGAGGAGAUACCGGCCUCGCGUCGACGUUGUCCAGCACCGCCGCCGCCCUGGCGCGUUAAUCAUUGACGGACUUGGGACACGCGCAGAACGCCGAGCCGCCGACAUCUCGAGGUAAACCGCGUAAACUUGUCAGCGAGCUCGACUCGACUCGACUCGGCGCGGCAUGGCCAGCGACCCCGAAGCGGGCUUCCCCCGGCGGGCCAACGGAGACGGCGCGGCGGGCCCGGUGUCCGACUCCGACGACGGUGGAAGCGGACCGAGCACGAAGACCCUCGCGCGGCUGUGCAGCCGGGACGAAGAGGAGCGAGCGGCGGCUCUGGAGGAGCUCAGCCGAGGGGUUCUGGUGUGUCUGGGUCUGGACCGACCGGGUUCGACGCGUCUGGGCAAGGAGACGCUCCUGCAUCUGCUGCGGUUGGCCCAGUCGUGUCCGCUGCGGGAGGUGCGAGCCAGGGCAACCGAGCUUCUGCGGACCGCCCAGGACCAAGGAGUGGAAGUCCCUCGCCCCCUGGCCCGCGGUCCCAGCGCCUUCAUCCCUGCCAAACAGAUACUGAAAGACGGGCCGGACCAGGACAUCCUGAUCGAGUCGUUCCUGAGUCUGGGCCUGGACCACGUCACCACGGUGAUGGCGCUGCACCCCGCCUACCUCAGCUGCUUCCUGAGAGCUCAGCACGCCUUGUUGGAGAUGGACGGCCCCCUCCCUCGCCACUGGAGACACUACAUCGCCGUCAUGGCCGCCGCCCGCCACCACUGCUCCUACGUGGUACAGCGGCACAGCGCCAGCUUCCUGGAGGCCGGCGGGGACGAGAGCUGGCUGAGCGGACUGCGGCGUGCCCCGGCCAAGCUGAGGGGGCUGAACCCCCUCAACAAGCUGCUGGCCCACAGGCCCUGGCUCAUCACCCAGCUGCACAUCCAGGAGCUGGUGUACCCGGGAGCCGAGCUGCGCUGGUCGUUGGCCGAGCUGAUCCACGCCGUCGUCCUGAUGGCGCACGCCCACGCGCUCUGCUCCUUCGUGUGGGGGUGCGGCCUCAACCCCGAGCCGGACCACGUCGGCGGCCACACCUUCCGGCCGCCGUCGCCCCCGCGCCCCACCGGCAGCCCCCGCAGCCCGGCGAACGAGAGCGGGCGGCCGGAGGUGGACAGCGCCGUGGAGGUGGAGGUGCUGAUGAAGAGGAUGGUGGCGCUGCAGGAGCAGCAGGAGGAAGAGUGGACGCAGGAAGAGAUGGUCACGCGCUUCGAGAGGGAGCGCAGCGAGAGCAUCCCGACCGCAGUGGUGCGAGAGGCGCCGCCCGAGAGGCUCCUUCACCUGAUGGAGGACCCGGACUUCAGAUAUGAGGACUUUGCGCCCAGGGGGGAGCAGGCUCCGCCCACCAUGAGAGCCCAGGACUACUCGUGGGAGGACCACGGCUACUCGCUGGUCAACAGGCUGCUGCCGGACAUGGGACAGCUGCUGGACGAGAAGUUCCAGGUGGUGAGCAACCUGACGUACAACCAGAUGGCCAUGCACGAGGGCGUGGACACGCACACGCUGAGGAAAGCGCUUUGGAACUACAUCCACUGCCUCUACGGGAUCCGGUACGACGACUACGAUUACGGCAGCGUCAACGUGCUGCUGGAGCGGCCCCUGAAGGUGUUCGUCAAGACCGUGGCUUGCCAUCCCGAGCAGACCAGCGUGCACGUCUAUCACGCCUUCUGGAGGCACUUCAGGCACUCCGAGAAGGUCCACGCCAACCUGAUCGUGUUGGAGGCUCGCCUGCAGGCGGCGCUGUUGUACACGCUGCGAGCCAUCACCCACUACAUGAGAUGAGCAAGCGGCGCCGCCCCAACGUUGCUGAUGCUGAGCCAGCCAGCUGUUGCGCUGCUUCUUGUGUUUUCAUAUCUUCUGUUCCAGUGUUACACGUAUUUAAUGUUUUUUGGGGUUUUUUUUGCACCGAAAUUUCACAUCGGGAUCAGACGGUUUUGACGCUCGCGUUCGCGUCGAGUCUGACCGUCCCAAUGUUGUUUUGU